AUGAGUCCGCCGAUCCAUAACACGGUCUACUGCUGCGUCGCCCAAGGGAACAGAGCAAUGUGUUCUUACAACAGCGGAGGCCCGGAGCUGGAGAUCUUGGCCGCCGAAUGCCUCGAGAACGCCCCGGCUUUCCACGCUUGGUACUUCCACACGACCGGCGUGAGGACCGUUGGGCUCUUGAUGGCGGAUGGCUAUACUUAUCUCGCCAUCCUCGACCUUGGCGUCUGCAACUUGGCAGUGCUCCAGUUCCUGGAGAACAUAAGGGAUGCCUUCCUGAAGGCCCCCGAGGAUGGCCUCCAAGACGAACUGGUUAGAGUCAUCGAGGAUUUGAUCGCAUCACCGGAGAACAUCCACCAAUCCUGGCUUUUGGCUGAGGAGAAUUGUGAGGGGAAUGUCUCUGAUGAAGCCUCGACUUCCACGAAGGAAACACUGCAAAGGAAUGACGAGCAUUAUGGUAGUGUUGUCGGAGAUAAUAAGAAUGUAAAGGUGGACGUGACGACGGAGCCAACGCCCCUGCGGAGGAGCUUAAGCUCGAGCAGGCCACAAUUGGUAGGACGUGAAUUAUGGUGGCGUCAGAUGUAUAUGCUCAGCAAGUAUGCAAUUUCUUUAGAGAGAGGAUAUGAUGAUGCACUUAGGGCCAAAGUUCUUGUAUAUGUUCUUUACAUAUGGAUCAUGUAG